AUGUCCAGGCGAAAGAACCAUAGCUCUGGUAACUAUGAGGAUGUCAUAGCACCUGAAUUGCUGCAACAGAGCAGGGACUACUCAGAGUUCGAUGAUAUGAUUCCUGACGUGGAGACUCUCAAGGGAAUGAUCUCUUCGGACGAGAAUGUCUCGGAGAUUGCAUUUUCAGAUGACGACGAGAUCAUAGGAAUGGAUGAAGGUGAUGAUGAAGAGGAAUUGAAUGGCGAUGAUAUUGGCCCUGGAGAGGACAUUGAUGGUGACAGUUCUGCCCCACCAAGUUUUGCAUUUCAAUAUGAAGAUGCAGCAGAGUCUUCAGACGAAGAGAACGAUCCUUUCGACUCGGAAUUUGAGGAUGAAGAAGAUAUUCCGUUGAGAGAACUUAUGAGAGAAGCUAGUAACUUCAAAUCAAAGGCAAGGAAGAGGAAGAGAAAAGGAGGUUUUGGGGCCUUGAUGCGCAAGCUAAGAAAAGAGGGUGACAUGGAUCCGGAAAUCAAGAAGCUUUUGUCGGAUGCCAACGAAGCAUUUGUGAGGAGUGAUUUUAAAGUCGCCACAAAUCUUUAUACAGAGGUUAUUCGCAAAGACAGCAAGAACUUCUCUGCGUACAAAACCUUGGGAGAAAUAUGCAGAAUGCAGAAUCGUCUGAACACAUGCUCGAAUUUAUGGGUGCUGGCAGCUCAUUUUCACCCCUGGGAUCACGAAUUUUGGAGUACCAAUGGUGAGCUUUCGACAGAAUUAGGGCACUUGCUGCAAGCGAUAUACUGCUAUGGUAAGGCUAUAACAGCUGCUACCAGCCAAUGGAACAACCAGAAGGGAAACAAGAAGUUAAGAAAGACUCUGAAUCACUAUAUUUUCCAACGAGCAAUUCUCUAUAAUAUGACAGGCAAAUACCGCAAAGCUGCAGAGAACCUCCAGGGGCUGUUGGCACAAGAAUUCGAUGAGAAUGUUUUGAGAGAGCUUGCAGAAGUGUUGAUGAAACAGAAGAGAGUUAAUGAAGCCAUCUCGCUUUACACCAAGCAAUUGGAUGAUGCCGUGGCGUAUCGUUUGAACAAAAAACGUACUAAAGGCGCUUCAUUGACAAAACUAAAAUGGGAGCCAAAUUUUGAUUGGUCCGCGCUGAAUAUCCUGGCAGAGUUGUAUGUGAAUAUUGGAUCAUGGUCCACUGGCUUGAAAACUGUGAGAAAUGUUUCCAGAUGGAUUCAGCAUAGAGAAGAUCAAACAUUCUGGUCGGAGGUUCCCGACGACUCAGAGUUUGAUGUCCGCAGAUUCGAAAACCCCAAGUUCCAGCAAUUAUCUCAACAGGAGAAGGUGAAGGAUUACGAAGAGCUACCAGUUGACAUGAGGGUUAGGAUUGGUAUAUUCCGAUUGAAUUUGAAGAAUUAUGACGAGGCCUUGAGACAUUUCCGCUAUAUUCUACGAGGCGAUCCUGAAAGAUAUUCGGAUUUACUCUGGGAUAUUGGAUCUGCUCUGGAGGUUCAUCAUCUUCACUCAGAUGCUCUCUCUUUUUUCACUAGAUUAUACGAGUUGAGAUCGAACCACUCGCCGGAUCUGUUUCAUGCCAUGGCAAAAUGUUAUAGGGAGAUAGAGAACUAUGAGGAUGCCGCAGAGAUGUACUGGAAGGUGCUCGAAGAAGAACCCGAUAACCUGGAAGCGAAAACGUCCUUGGCAGAGAUCUUAUUCUUGACUGGUGAUUCUGAAACCGCCACAAAGCUGUUUCUGGAGAGCAAGAAACAGAGAGCUCAAGCAAUUGCAAAUGGUGACGUCGAAGUCGAAGAUGAUGAAGAGAAAGACACGCAGAAUGAAGAUGACAACGACGGGACCUUGCCCAUGGAAGGCCAGGCACUUAUUCGCGGAUUACAGUCAAAGGGGAAACCUAAGAAGACAAAGAAGAAAAAAGAGGCUUUUACCGCUGUUGAAUGGGAAGAGAUGGAACAACGUUCCAAGUCAAGAGUCCACGAGAAGUUCACACGUGCAAAUCGUUUACUUCCAGGAGUGGCGGAAAACGAUCCUUUUGCCGUAAAUGCGUGGUUGGAUCUUGCUGGUGAACUGGUUGAGAUAUUUGCAGCAUGCAGGGUAUUUUAUUCGUCAGAUAGGGCCAAGAAGUUUGCAGCCGGCUUGAGAAAACGCCAGAGCAAUCUAGAUAUUGACCAGCGUCUUUUGAGAAUGACGUAUCUAGAGGAGGAGAUGUUGUUGAACAAAGAACUGACGCAGAUUAAACCCCCGGAACGCGAGUUUCGUGGUGUUCCAUUUGCUGAAUGGUACAACCUGUUUCUGCGUUACUCUCUGAUGCUGGCCAAAUGGGAGAAUGCGGGAGAUGAUGCGAUGCUUGUGCAGGAGAUGGCAAAGCACAUAAACGUAUUCAACACAAACAAGGAGACAGAGUCAGUUAUCACAUUGGUUGGUCUAUCCAUUGGCUUGAUGCUAGCAGACUACGACAUUAUAUCUUCCCAGCUCAGAAUCCUGCAGAAUCUCUUCCAGUUCUCCCCAAAGGUGCUAAAAACGUUUGUGGCGUCGUAUUCGACCGGCCAGGAUUCCGCGCUGUUGUUUGCAGACACAUCCAACCAAAAGUACAUUCUUCGUCAACUGAAAGCCUAUGACUCCUUGAAGGAGCACAAAAAGAUCACCGGUAUGGCUACGAUCACUAACAAGCAGGUCGACACCUCGAAGGCUCAUCCGAUUCUGGCACACGUCUAUUCGACGUUCUUAUUUGUGAACAGAAGCUACCAGUCCUCAUUAGCAUAUGAACUCAGAACAGUCACAGAUUAUAAAAAGGACCCGACUGUGAUGCUGACUAUAGCACUGGCCCACAUCCACAGAUCAAUGCAAAGACUCACCAUGAACCGGCAUUUCCAGAUCGUCCAGGGAAUAACGUAUCUCAUGGAAUAUAGACGGCUCAGAAUUGAACAAGGAGGCACGGUUUAUGAAGACAUGGAGUGCGCCUACAAUUUUGGAAGAAGUUUUCAUCAACUGGGGUUAUUGUCCAUAGCUGUUCCUUUCUACGAACAGGUGCUGGCGAUGUCAGAUGUUGACCCCAAGUAUGAUCUGAAAAUGGAUACGGCAUACAAUCUGUUUCUGAUAUACAACUAUAACGGAAACCCGGUUCUGGCAAAUCAGAUUAUGAACAAGUAUUUGACGGUAUGA